CUGUCAUGUCAGCUCGCGGAGUGUCUGCAUGUUCCUCCUGCGGAGCUUCUCUCACCGUCCGCUUCUUUUCUGCACCGGCUGCUCCCGCUGACAUGUGGCGGAGCCUGCAGCCGAAGCUCCGCCCGGCGGCCCGGAGCCCCGCUGCCCCCCCGGGGGGCCGCCGGGGCCUGAGCACCGGGACGCCGCUCCGGAGCGGCUUCUUCAAAGUCACCACAGCCGACCUGGAGGCCCAGCUGUCCUCCAUGAGGAGGAAGGCGGUGGAGGCGCUGCCGGGCAGCGGGUGGAGCCCCCUGCCGGUCGACUCCGCCCUGCCCCCGGAGAACACGGACAUCGUGGUGGUGGGGGGGGGCGUGGUGGGCUGGUCCGUCGCCUACUGGCUCCGGAAGAAGAGCAGGGUUCGAGUCCUGGUGGUGGAGCGGGACCUGACGUACUCCCGGGCCUCCACCGUCCUCUCAGCAGGGGGCAUCCGGCAGCAGUUCUCCCUGCCAGAGAACAUCCACCUGUCCCUGGCCUCCGCCCACUUCCUGAAGGACAUCAAUAGCCACCUGGGCGUUCUGGACCAGGACCCGGUGGAUCUACAGUUUAACCAGGGGGGGUAUCUGUUCCUGGCCAAUGAGAAGCAGGCCCCCGUCAUGGAGGAGAACUACACCGCCCAGAGGGCAGCUGGGGCUCAGGUGUGUCUCCUGUCAGCGGCUCAGCUGAAGCAGAGGUUUCCCUGGAUCAGCACGGAGGGCGUGGCUCUGGCCUCCUACGGCCUGGAGAACGAGGGCUGGUUCGAUCCCUGGACCCUGCUGAGCGCCUUCAGGAGGAAGGCCCUGUCCAUGGGGGUGCAGCAGUGCUCCGGAGAGGUCACAGGUUUUAACUACUCCAUCAAUGCCUGGACGAGCGAAGAUGGAGAGCCCAUCCGUGUGAGGAGGAUCCGGUCGGUCCAGGUGCAGAUGCCCAGCAGCCUGCAGAAGCAGCCGGUGGAGUGCACCCUGGUGGUGAACGCCGCCGGAGCCUUCUCUGCCAGACUGCUGGAGAUGCUGGGAGUCGGCGCCGGGAUGGAGGGAGUUCCACUUCCUGUGGAGCCCCGGAAACGGUUCGUCUUCGUGGUCCACUGUCCCGACGGGCCGGGUCUGGACUCGCCCUUCCUGAUCGACCAGUCCGGGGUCUACUUCAGGAGGGAGGGUCUGGGAGGCAGCUACAUCGCCGGAGCUUCGCCGGAGGAGGCCGACGAGCCGGACGUCAGGGACCUGGAGGUGGAUCACCGGUUCUUCGAGGACAGGGUGUGGCCCGGUCUGGCUGCCCGGGUUCCUGCCUUCGAGAAGCUGAAGGUGACCAGUUCCUGGGCCGGUUUCUACGACUACAACACCUUGGACCAGAACGGCAUUGUGGGCCUGCACCCGCUGGCGGCCAACAUGUACCUGGCCACGGGCUUCAGCGGCCACGGCCUGCAGCAGGCGCCGGCGGUGGGCCGCGCCGUGGCCGAGCUGGUCCUGGACGGCGGCUUCCGGACCCUGGACCUGCGCCGCUUCGGCUUCACCAGGAUCCUGCAGCAGAAGCCCCUGAUGGAGAGGAACAUCGUGUAGGGCGCCGGGGCCAGGUUCUGGCCUGAGGGCCACCCGGGUCCCUCUGGCCCCUCCGGAGGGGCCGGGUCAGAGCGCCGGUCCCGGGUGGGGGGGGAGGGAACCAGAGAAGAGACUCCAGAACGUGGAGCAGUUCCUCAGAAACGACCCACGACCUUUAUUUUGAAGGCUGCUGGACCCAGUUUGGGUCCUGGGACGUCAAACUGCUGCCGACUCGCCAGAACACGAGUCCUGCUCAGGAACACCGACGCCACGUUCUCCACCCCCACGGGAACGUUCUCCACCCCCACAGGAACGUUCUCCACCCCUGCAGAACGUUCUCCACCCCCACAGGAACGUUCUCCACCCCUGCAGAACGUUCUCCACCCCCACGGGAACGUUCUCCACCCCCACGGGAACGUUCUCCACCCCCACGGGAACGUUCUCCACCCCCACAGGAACGUUCUCCACCCCCACGGGAACGUUCUCCACCCCCACAGGAACGUUCUCCACCCCCACGGGAACGUUCUCCACCCCCACGGGAACGUUCUCCCCCCCCACAGGAACGUUCUCCACCCCCACAGGAACGUUCUCCACCCCCACGGGAACGUUCUCCACCCCUGCAGAACGUUCUCCACCCCCACGGGAACGUUCUCCACCCCCACGGGAACGUUCUCCACCCCCACAGGAACGUUCUCCACCCCCACGGGAACGUUCUCCACCCCCACGGGAACGUUCUCCACCCCCACGGGAAUGUUCUCCACCCCCACAGGAACGUUCUCCACCCCCACGGGAACGUUCUCCACCCCCACGGGAACGUUCUCCACCACCACGGGAACGUUCUCCACCCCCACGGGAACGUUCUCCACCCCCACGGGAACGUUCUCCACCCCUGCAGAACGUUCUCCACCCCUGCAGAACGUUCUAUGAGGAAACAGCAGCAUCAUUUCCAAAGAAAUGAAAUUUGGAAAAAAUCAGUUUUAUCAUUUUUUUAAAGACACACUGAUGUAAUUUAUUUCAGAAGUGGAGCGAUGUGGAGAACGCUGCAGAGGAACCCAGCUGCUGUUCUGUAGAACCAGGAAAACAAUAAACCACCACUGGCACCUCA